GAGGCAGGGACCUCCUCAUCGAGUACUUCGCGUCGAAAUUAUGGGCUGAGUUCGAGGGCCUCGAGAAUGAGACGCAGUGAAUCUCCUCCGACAUCAAAUACAACUAGUAGGACUGCUAUUUCAUCGACGUUGUGUAGGGGAAAAAAUACAAAUAGGAGUAGAUGCGAC